AUAGCAGAUCAUGACAGAACUGUGUUUCCUUCAUUCUCCUGCGCUCCCUCUAAAGGAUAGGGACGUGAACUGCAGCCAAUUUAUCAUUGGCUGGAAGAGAACGGCUCCGAUUUUUUGAUUGGUUGGCUUGGUGAUUUUUGUGAUUGGUCGGCCAGUGAACGUACAUAUCUGUACAUAAACUGUAUUUCUUUCUUUAUUUCUUAAAUAUCACAAUUACUUUCCCAAAUAAGGAGUACAUAAAAUAGGAUGUAUGCUUUUCAGCAACAACUGCCUCACAAAUGCAAUUGUUUUUCAUCGAGCUGCAUUUAAUGGCGAUCAUUAUGCACGGCUUUUUGGCGCCAGCAUUACGUCACGUGGAGUACGUGAAUAGAGCUCGCGUUCCGCGAAACGUGACAGUGACGCGUAUGAACGGAGAGAAAUGACGGAGCGGUUUAACCGGAGACUGAGGCGGCUGCGGGAGCACCACGCGAUCUGUGAGCAGAGACACCGGAGAAACAGCGCGAAGGACGGAAUGAAAACUUCACAUCAAGAUGGACAGAAGAGGGAUGAGGAGGAUCUGGAUGGACAGAAGAGGGAUGAGGAAGAUCUGGAUGGACAGAAGAGGGAUGAGGAAGAUCUGGAUGGACAGAAGAGGGAUGAGGAGGACCAAGACGGACAAAAUGACUUCAUCCAGGAAAUUUGUAUAGAGGUAAGUCAUAGUUAAGGGUUUUUUUGUUUAUAUUAUUCAAUUUAAACAGAUCAUUGGAUAUAUUUUUAUUAUACAUACAUUCACAAACAGCUAAAUAUAUUUUCAUCUGAAAAUUAGCUUUUUGUCUCGUACUCCCUCAUAUAGAUUUAAACCUGUAUCAUAUUCUGUGGAACACAAAAUAAUAUUUUUUGAUUUUCUUUUUCUUCUGUUUAUUGCAAGUCGAUUCUUCAGUAGGGUUAGGAAUCAUUAGAAAUUUUCCAGUUCUGCCUUAUGGUUCCGUUUUCAAUUCCAGUUCCAUUAAAAUCAUUAAACAACUAUAAAAAUAAAAAUAGUGUUAAGGAAAACUUAACAAUAUUCAACUACUCAGUGCUUAAUACUGCUUAUUACUUACUGUCAACUUAAUUUAAAGGUUGGCAAUGUCAAAAUGCAAC